AUGCCAUCGAAGCGUCUCGGUAGCCACACUUUAUGCAUUAGUGGGCAUUCACCAAGGCAGACCCAACCAGACCUGGACUUCGACAGCCCGCUGCAACUCUCGGACGGACCAUCGUUCGACUCGGGUCCUCUUCUUGCCUCUGAAGUCGUCUUUCCGGGAACUAAUCUUGGUAUCAACCCAAACAAAACAGAGGUCAUUCAAACAGCGUUUAUACGACGUGAUCCAGCAGCUCAGCUGCACAUUGACAACGCCUCGUUGUCUAACGUUAACACAUUCAUCUACCUCGGCAGUGUCAUAUCCGAUAAUGGACACAUCGAUGAAGACAUCCUCAGGCGGAUAAUCCUCGCCUCCACUUCCUUCGGGUGUCUCUGCCUCCGGGUCUUCUUUAAUCGCAAUAUCCGACUCACCACAAAAUAUGAAAAAGACUAUCAUCUCUGGAUUGUGACUUCAAAAUCUUCAUCUAUCUAUCUAUCUAUCUAUCUAUCUAUCUAUCUAUCUGUCUGUUCUUCUUAUCUAUCUAUCUAUCUAUCUAUCUAUCUAUCUAUCUAUCUAUCUAUCUCUCUAAGGUUUUUCUUAUCUAUCUAUUUAUCUAUCUAUCUAUCAAAGGUUCUUCUUAUCUAUCUAUCCAUCUAUCUCUCUAUCCAAGGUUCUUCGUUAUCUAUCUAUCUAUCUAUCUAUCUAUCUAUCUAUCUAUCAGACUGUUCAUAUCUCAUCUAUCAUAUCUAUCUAUCUAUCUCUAUCUAUCUAUCUAUCUAUCUCAUUCGGUUCGUAUCUAUAUGA